AUGCGGUGGUCCGCUGCCUACAACUAUGCCAAGGACAGCUCUGGCUCCUUGAAGCCCGGCGUUCAGACGGUGGAAGAGUGCAUGAAGAACGUCAUAGAACCCAUCUACAACAAUUACCACCUUGUCCCCAACGAGAUCCUCCGCUAUGCCGACAAGAAGGUUGAUGCCUCUGUGGCUGCCAUGCAGGUUGCUCCCGCUGCCGCGAGAGACACCAUUACUGAAGCCAUGAAAAACGUUUAUACCAAGUAUGAGCCGUCCGCAAAGGAGCUGUAUGAGAGGUACGAGCCAGUGGCAGAGCAAUAUGCAGCCUCGGCCUGGCAAAGGCUGAACUCGCUGCCGCUGUUCCCACGCUUGGUGGGCACAAUGCUGCCAACGGCAGCAUACUGCACGGCGAAGUACAAUGAGGCAGUAAUGGCCGCCGUGGAGGAUAGGUAUAGGGUUUCUCCGUACCUGCCUUUGGUGCCUACGGAAAAAAUAGCUAGGGUUUUCAGUGGAAAAACCAAAAAGCAAGAAUAAUCAAUCAAGAAUGCUGUGUUGAUAAUUUUGUUGCUGUUUAAUGUGAUUUUUCUGCGAUUUUGUGGUGAUUUGGGGUGUGGGAUGUGAAUGAAUGAAGUGGCUUCAGUUUGAUGAGCAAAUAGUGAACAUAUAUAAAUCAUUUUGUAACUUUUUUUUCGUUUUCUUUUCCCUUGGUUUGUACUGUAUUCCAUAUUGAAAGAAACGAAAUCCAUUUUUAUCUUCUGGUGGUAA